GACCCGGCCUGGGAGGCAGCAGCGGCGAUAUCGUUAUCGGCGGCGAUAUCGAUAUCGGUACCGGCAGCGGUAUCGCAGCGCACUGCGGGGCGGGCAGAGCGGUCGGUGCACCCCGCGCGUCCCCUCCGGGCCCGUUCAGCCGGUGCAGGGGCGGAAUUCGCCGUGUCCGGCGGGGGAGCGGCCCCCGCCCCGGGACCGGUGCGCGGGGGAUGGAGGGGUGGGAAGGUCCGGCUCCCGCCGUGUCGCCGCUGCCGGGGACGGGAGGGCUGCACCCCGAGGAGGGGGAGGAGGUCUCGGACGUGGGAGCGGCGGGAGGUGCUCACGGGACGCCAGCGACCACCGUGCGCUGAGACCAGCACAAAGACAUGAGUGGCAACGCGAGCCAGCGCGCCGCCGCCCUGGGGGUCCUCUUUGCCCUGAUUAUGUUGCUGAUCAUCUACAGCUCUGGCAAUGGGAGCGAGGUCUUCCCCUACAGCCGCCUGCGGGGCAGAGCCCGCCGGCCCCCCGACCUCAAGAAGUGGGGGGUGAAAAGCGGGUACCUGCCUGUCUGUGGGAACAAGACCCUGACUGCCCACUGCCACCAGUGCGUCAUUGUCACCAGCUCCAGCCACCUCCUGGGCACCCACCUGGGCACAGCCAUCGACGGGGCCGAGUGCACCAUCCGCAUGAACGACGCUCCCACCACGGGCUAUGAGGCUGACGUGGGCAACAAGACCAGCUUCCGGGUGGUGGCCCACUCCAGCCUCUACCGUGUCCUCAAGCGGCCCCAGGAGUUUGUCAACAAGACACCGGAGAACAUCUUCAUCUUCUGGGGGCCGCCCAUCAAGAUGCAGAAGAGCCUCCUGAAGAUCAUCCAGCGCGUCUGUGCCUCCUUCCCCAACAUGACGGCCUAUGUCGUGUCCCCCGGCCGCAUGAAGCAGUUUGAUGACCUGUUUCGGGGGGAGACAGGAAAGGACAGGGAGAAGUCGCGCUCGUGGCUCAGCACUGGCUGGUUCACCAUGGUGAUCGCGGUGGAGCUGUGCGACGCCGUCCACGUCUACGGCAUGGUACCACCCAGCUACUGCGGCCACCACCCCCCGCCCCGCCGCCUGCCCUACCACUACUACGAGCCCAAGGGCCCCGACGAGUGCACGACCUACAUCCACAACGAGCGGAGCCGCAAGGGCAACCACCACCGCUUCAUCACCGAGAAGAGGGUCUUCGCCAGCUGGGCCGGCCUCUACAACAUCACCUUCUCCCACCCCAACUGGCCCUAGGGGCUGUCCCCCCACCUGCCGGGCAGACCCCUGGAGCUGGGAUGGAUGGGGGUUUCCCUGCAUCCCCCUGGGAGCGGUGGGAGCCAGGCGUCGGGGUGUCACCGGGUGCCUCCCACAGGACCGCCCCCAUCGUGCACAGUGGCCCCGUUGCACCUGGGAUGUGUUGGGUUUUGAGCUGGUUUUUGGGGGGGCCAGGUAGUGAAUGCAGGGUUUGUGGUGUCCCCCCUCCGUGGACAGGAGACACUGUCCCACCCUGGUCCAGGCACAUUGCAGCCCCUGCGAGCCUACAAGAGGGUGCCGGGUCACCUCUGCUCAGUUUGGGGUUGCAUCACUUUUGGGGCCACUGCAAAGACUGUUUCCCCUAACUCCCUGGGUGGAAGGACCCCCUCUUGGAGCUCAGCCUCCCUCUGCCAUGCCCAGCCCCCCAGUCCCAGCCCUCAGUCACCCCUCCCUCAGCAGAACCCCACAGUUUUUGGUGGGACCUCGUGAGGGUGGCACUGCCACCCUUGCUGCCCCAGGAUCCUGAAAACACCCAGCCCCUCCCAGCAUCGCUGCGCCCCACACUGCCAAAACCUUUUCUAACUGAAUGAUGGGAUUUUUGGGAGCUUUUGGGGGUUUUUGGCAUUUUUUUCUAUCCACUUCUGGUCCCAGAGUUUGUAUUUGGGUUUCCUGGCCAAAGGAACAAGCGGGGGCUGCUCAUUAGCGGUAACGAAGGACCAGCAAUAGCUGCUUAUAAACAAUUAGAAGUGGGCAGGUAGUGGGGGGCAUUGGUGCUCCUUGGCACCCUGGGGCUGGAUUUUGUUAUUAAUAUCUUAGCAGCGGAGAGGUGGAUUUGGGGAAAACAGCUAAAAUAUGGUGUGUUUGGGUGCUGGGCCUCGGCAGGGCUCUGUGCCUCAGUUUCCCUCUGACUGUGGCUGGGGUUUUGCGGGGCUCAGUGCUGGGGGAAGCUGCGGGGUGCCUGUGUUUUGUAAUGAUUUGUACAGGAAUAAAUAUUGCUGCAGUCUGUUGCCUUGG